UACAUAAAAAAAAUCUAUAAAUAUAUAUUAUAUUUAUGUUAGAGGAGUAGGUGUAUGUUUAGACUAGAACAUUCUGGUUUACAAAGAAAGCGUUAAGAAACCGACGUUACCGUGUUUGUUAAUUGUUUUCUGUGGAGGUGCUUUUCUUUCCCUUUUUCUAUUAUUAACACAUUCCAAUCCCAAUUUCUUUCCAUUCCUUCUCUUUCUUUUCCUUUCCACUACGCAUAUUUUCUUCUCUCGAUUUUCCUUUUUCUUCCUCAAAGGAAAGGGAAAAUCUUCAAAUCUUCAAAUCUCUUCGAUUCGAAUCCUACAGAUUUCUUUUCAAUGGCGGAAGAACAUAGAUGCCAAGCUCCGCGUCUCUGCGCCAACAACUGCGGUUUCUUCGGGAGUCCCGCCAUGCAAGAUCUCUGUUCUAAAUGUUACCGAGAUUUGCAGCUCAAGGAAGAGCGAUCUUCGUCGGCGAAAUUGGUUCUCAGUCAAACCCUAAUUCCUCAGGCGGUGGUUUCACAAGAGGUUGUUGUUCAGCCUUCUUCUUCGGAGGUGGUUUCGUCUUUGCCGGCGGUGGAAGCUGUUGCUGGAACAUCGGAGCAGCCGAAUCCGAAUCGGUGCGGGAGUUGUAGGCGGCGCGUGGGGCUGACGGGGUUCAAGUGCAGAUGCGGGUUGACGCUAUGUGGGUCCCACAGGUAUCCGGAGCAACACGGGUGUGGGUUCGAUUUUAAGGGAAUGGGGAGAGAGCAGAUCGCGAAAGCGAAUCCGUUGGUGAAGGGAGAAAAGUUGAACAAGAUCUGAACGGGGAAGGGUAUUGUUGUAAUUUCUGGUUUGUUACAGAAAAGGGAAAAGGGUUUGGAUUUGGUUGUAUGGGUCGGAUUAUCCGUUUCUCAGACGGAUUUAUUUGGGUGGGUGGGAGAUUAGGGAAUUGUCCUUUCAUUUCGUUGUUAUCAUUUCAUGUGUUAAUAGUAUUAGUUUAAUAAAAACGUUUCAUUUAGUUUUUCAUAA